UAUAUAAAGAGUCCUACACGCAACAUUAAUUUUCCUCGCUGCACACCUUGGCCAGGUCCACAUUCACUUGUUAGUCAGCAAAUAGCCAUCAUGGCCUUCACCCAAGUUUCAAUCAAAAGGCUGGGUUCUAUCGAUAGAUCUCCAAAUCUGCCCGGACUAGGCUACAGUAAUGUGGCCACCACAAGAUAUGCCGGCAGCGUCUAUGGUGGUGCUGGAGGAUAUGGCACCAAAAUCUCAACAGGUUCAGGUUUUGGCUCGGGUGGCUACAGCAACCUCCAGAUCAGCACUGGUAGUGAUGUCCUGCUUGCUGGAAAUGAGAAGGAGACAAUGCAGAACCUGAAUGACCGUCUAGCAACCUACUUGGACAAAGUAAGAUCCUUGGAGAAGGCCAACUCGGACAUUGAAAUACAGAUCAAGGAAUGGUAUAUCAAGAAUUCCGGUGUUGUGGAACGCGAUUACAGUAGCUACUUCAAAGCAAUCGAGGGCCUGAAAAAUCAGAUACUCAAUGCCACAACGGACAAUGCCAGAAUCCUGCUGCAGAUUGACAAUGCUAAAUUAGCUGCAGAUGACUUCAGACUCAAGUAUGAAACUGAGCAGGUUCUGAGAUUUGGAGUAGAAAAAGACAUUGCCGGUCUUCGUAGAGUGAUUGAUGACCUCAGCCUGACUCGAGGUGACCUUGAGCUUCAGAUCGAGAAUUUGCAAGAGGAAUUGGCCUACCUGAAAAAGAAUCAUGAGGAGGAGGUUACGGCUCUCCGCCAGCAAGUUGGAGGCACAGUCAAUGUGGAGAUGGAUGCAGCACCUUCUGUGGAUCUGGCCAAGGUCUUAAGUGACAUGAGACUUGAGUGCGAAACAGUUAGUGAGAAAAUACGUGAAGAUGCAAGGCUACAGUUUGAAACCAGGAUCGAGGCGGUACACAGGGAGAUCACAGUCAGUACAGGUGAACUGGAGCAAUUCAAGACAACCAUCACUGAGAUGCACCGCAAUAUACAAGGCCUGGAGAUAGAGCUGCAAGCAGAACAGAGCAAGAGAGAUGGUUUAGCUGCCACCUUAGAUAACGUAAAAGCUCAGUUUGCUUCACGUCUGGCUGAGAUACAACGAGCUAUUAGCAAUAGGGAAGCUCAACUGAUGCAGAUACGUACAGACAUGGGACGUCAAGCUCAUGAGUAUGAGAUUCUUCUGAAUAUCAAGAUCCGGCUAGAAAUGGAAAUCGCCACAUACCGCCGUCUGCUGGAGGGGGAGGAGACAAGGUAAGAUAGAAGAAGAGGACAAGCUAAAAGAAAUGGACAGA